AUGGAAAACUACACAGUUUAUAUGGAAAAUGUGACCAUCGACAGUACAACUGAAAUCAUGGCAAUCGUACAACUUGCCUACGGAAUCCCAUCGAUUAGUCUGAUGAUUUUUGCAUUUUUUCUGAUCUCUUUUGGAAAAAGAUACAAGAACAGCUCAUUUUAUCGUCUGGUACAAUUUGACUUGCUAACGAACAUUCUGGUUUACCUCAACACCUGGAUUGCAAUUCGAAUCGAAAUGCAUCCGAAUUUUGUGUUCAUUGUGAAAUUCGUUGAAUCCCGCCUCCCUGGUCUGAUGACGUGGCUCAAAUACUUUCCCUAUUGGUUCUUUCAUAUGCACUUCUGGACUGCCGAGCUACUGACUUUCCAUCGAAUGACAUCUAUCUUAUUUCCAUAUAAUUAUGAGAAUUUCUGGAACCGUUACUACCCUGUUAUAUUUAUUGUGAUUUGCGUAGUUAGUCAUCUACCAAAAUAUAUAUGGACUGGAUUCCUCUAUGAAGUCUAUAUCGUAAAUGGACAACUUAUUUCUAUCAAUUUCCCGAAGACUCUGGAUACAGCAAUCAAUGUGGUCGCUCUAUUCUCCACGAUUUAUUUUGUUCUCAAUAUAAUCAAUGGAGUUCUGACUAUUGGUUUGGCGUCUAGAAAGAUCGAAGCGGCAACAACAUCAAAAUCGAAUAUUAAAAAGAAGCUUACCUUGAUUUCAAUAACGUACUCGUUGGUCUACACAGCUGAAGUUGUUUGGAGUGUUUUGAAUUCUGCUAACUCAUACUUGCAUUUCUUGCCGCCAUGGUUCACCAAACUCAACAACAGUCUUCUGGUUUUCGCUUCCGACAUGUUUACUCUCUCUCUUCCUUAUAUUAUGUUGGCUUUCGACACCAAUGUGAAGAAAGAUGUAUGCAUUUGUUGCAAAAAACGUCCGGUUUCGAAUCAAGGAACAAUCGUUUUCGUAUCACAGUCCUGA